AUGGAUCCAGGAUUCCACACCUCCAAUAAAAUUGAUAUUUUAUUAGGUGCUGACGUUUACAGCCACAUCAUUACUGAGGGGAUUAUAAAAAAUCCUGCCUGCAAUUUAAUCGCCCAAAAUACUACCUUAGGAUGGGUCAUCUCGGGUGUUGUGGAUAACGAAGAUAAAGAGAGGUCAAAAGUUAUCAAUGUAUUACAUGCUCAGGUAGAUAAAGAAGAUGAUAUUUUAAAAAGAUUUUGGGAAUUAGAAGAACAAACUAGUACAAAGCAAAUACUUACACCGGAAAAAAAAGCAUGUGAAGAGUUCUAUAGUCUAACUACAAGAAGAGAUGAAAGUGGGAGAUAUAUUGUUAAGUUACCUUUUCGUGAAGUGAAUACACUAUGCAUGUCUGGAAAUUCACGAGAUAUAGCUCAAAAAAGAUUUAGGUCAUUAGAAAAAAGAUUAGGAGAUAAUAAAGAACUAAAAGAAAAGUACGUAGAGGUUAUACAAGAAUAUUUAUCAUUAGGACACAUGAGACCAAUAGCAAAAGAUGAUAUGAAGAAAGAUAAAGCUUUUUACUUACCUCAUCAUGCGGUUGUACGCGACGAUAAAACUACUACAAAAGUUCGAGUAGUUUUUAAUGCAUCUCAGAAGAACAGUAACGGAGUUUCUUUAAAUGAUAAUCUUAUGGUAGGACCGAAAUUGCAAGCUGACUUAAGGCACACCAUAUUAAGAUGGCGAUUGUAUCCCAUAGCACUGGUAGCAGAUAUAAUUAAAAUGUAUCGGCAAGUCGGAAUUGCUGAAGGAGAUGCAAUGUUCCAACGCAUACUUUGGCGUGAUUGUCCGGAAAAAGAAAUUGUUGACUAUGAACUAACGACAGUUACCUUUGGUACAGCUUCUGCACCUUAUCAAGCCGUUCGGACGUUACACCAAGUUGCUUUUGAUGAAGGGAACAACUAUCAACUUGCAAAAGAUAAAGUACUCAAUUGUUUCUAUAUGGAUGAUCUUAUGACAGGGUGUUAUGAAGUGGAUCAAGGAUUAGAAACAUAUACACAAAUAACAGCAUUAUUAGGUAAAGAUGGAUUUAAAUUGCAAAAAUGGAAUUCUAAUAAUCAAGAAUCAAUAUAA